AUGGGAUGUCAACCGGAAAUUUCGAGAGGCAAAUUGCCUUGCCUCCGCUAUCAGCGAAUCUGUGAGCUCGUUGGGAAUGAACGAGUAUCGAGUUGCAUGAAAGCAUUGAAUCAAGUGUCUGUGAUUUUUCGAGAAAAGAAGUUUGAGAUUUUUGAGGAGCUUUCGUCUACACUACCAGCUACGCAUCCGAAGAGGGAUGAACUCCACGAGGAGGAGGUGACACAGUGCCCGACAGAGUCCUGCAACACCGCAGCAACGAUCGUGAUGACAGUAGACCCUCCGUCAGCGGAACUGUCGGUGGGGUCGGUGGAAAAUGCGGAACAGUCGGUGGUGUCGGGCGAAAAAUCUGUGUAG